UUAUAUGAUGCAUUUGUAACUCAUACUUUUAGAUUAGCCUACCAGUGGUUUGCUGCUAUACUGAUGGCAAUUGGUUAAAUUUUGUAAAAGUACGAAAGCUUCUUUUAUUAAGUUUAUAACUGUUUUAAUUUCUGUUUAGAUUGUAUUACUGUUUUAACACACUAUUUUUUCUCCCGGUAGUGCAACUUUUUAGCACUGUUUUGUUUUAUGUGUUUCCCCCCCCCAAUUUAGGUAUAUAAAUUAUAUAGAGGCUGAGCUUUUACGUCAUUGCUUAUUUAUUUUUUUUGCACAAAAUAUAAUUUAGUUCAUUAGAAACUAGUUUUAAGAGUAUAAUAUAUAUACUGAUGUUUUAUAGAGCUUUUAAGAAUUUCUGUUUAGGAAUUUCAUUUAAAAUUUAUUUCAAACAUGAAUCAAAUCCCAAGGACACAAUAUCAUGGCCAGUCCCCUUACUACAGUAGAGCUAGACCCAGUGGGUCAUCCUCACCCUUUCCGAGCCCGUCCAUGCAUAACAGCCCCUCACGAACCGAACCCCCACGCAAGAGACCUGGUGUGUCCCACCAGACUAAUGCAACACCUAUUUCAAGCUCACAAGCAGAUAUAAGAAACAAACAAGUUUUCACCAAAAAGAAGAAAUUAUCGGAUAAAGUUCUUCCUCAGUCUGUUCGAGAUCUUGUUCCAGAGUCACAGGCAUACAUGGAUCUUCUUGCAUUUGAACGCAAACUCGAUUCCACGAUCAUGAGAAAGAGGUUGGACAUCCAGGAAGCUUUGAAGCGACCGGUUAAAGUGAAACGCAAGCUUCGCGUGUUCAUCUCAAACCAGUUUUUUCCGGCUAAAACUGACAGUGAUGCAAAGGAAGAAACAGCAAAGGCAUCAUGGGAGCUGAGGGUUGAAGGUCGUCUGCUCGACCUCCCACAACCCAACCCUUCCAAUCGACAUGAAACAAAACACAAGCGGAAAUUUUCCUCGUUUUUCAAAAGUCUCGUCAUUGAAUUGGACAAGGACUUGUAUGGGCCGGAUAAUCACUUAGUUGAGUGGCAUCGUACACAAACUACUCAGGAAACUGAUGGAUUUCAGGUUAAGAGACAGGGAGAUAAGAAUGUAAGAUGCACGAUGCUCUUCAUGCUCAACUAUCUUCCACCACAGUUUAAACUUGAUAGUCGUCUUGCACGUUUGCUUGGUAUCCAUACACAGUCUAGACCAGUCAUAAUACAGGGGUUAUGGCAGUACAUCAAAACUCAUAACUUACAGGACAAUCACGAACGAGAGAUAAUCAAUUGUGAUCCUUACUUGGAACAAUUACUUGGGAAGUCUCGGAUCAGAUUUGCGGAUGUUCCUCAGCUUCUUCAACCUCUUCUGCAUCCUCCGGACCCCAUUGUCAUCCAGCAUGUGAUCAGUGUAGAUCCUGCUGAUGCGAAAAAACAAGCUUGUUAUGAUAUUGAGGUUGAGAUUGAUGAUACACUGAAAACACAGAUGAGUUCUUUCUUGCUCUCAUCUGCAAGUCAGCAAGAUAUUGCAGAUCUUGAACGCAGGAUUCAUGACACAGUGGCCAAUGUUAAGCAGCACCGUAUACAGAGGGAGUUCUACAUGGGAUUUUCUGAUAAUCCACAGGAAUUUAUCGCUGACUGGAUUUCAUCUCAAACAAAAGACUUGAAGACGAUGACUGAUGCGACUGGAAACAAGGAAGAGGAAAGAUUGGCAGAUUAUUAUUAUGCUCCAUGGUCUCAGGAAGCUGUGAACAGAUACUUCUACUCAAAAUUGCAACAAAGACGCAUUGAAUUGGAUCAAGUGCUGAAAAGUUCAAAUAUUUGAAGCAUUGGAAAAAUACCAUUCACUGCCACCAUUGAUCACUACCAGUACCUUGGUACUUAAAAAUACUUUUUUGUGUUUUGUUGAUUGUUUGAAAGUCAUGCCACUUGUGAUGAAACACAAGCUGUUUUUGGAUGCCGACACAGCAGUUAGUUGAUUUCGGUUCACUACUCAAUCACUUGUAAAUAAACUAAAUUCAGUACCCAGA